GUUGCCUAAACCUCUGCCGCUCAUCUCUGAAUCUCACUUUGCCGCAGGGAGGCACUGAACUGAAAAGCUGCCUUGUAACAGGUCUCGCCCCUCUAUCUACUCCCUUUCUUACAUCAAGAGGGGAAAAACACGGAACUACCAGUACCCGAUCUGGUCACCAUACGCCUAUUACCUCUACUGCUACAAAUACCGGAUCACCCUCCGGGAGAAGAUGCUGCCGUGUUGUAAAAGCAUCACUUACAAGGAACAAGAGGACUUGACACUCCGGCCCCGUUGCUGCCUUCAGUGCUCCUGAGUCCCUAGCAGGCCUCCAGGUGGGCAGAAACACCGAGCAGAGUGACCACGACCAGCUUAAAGAACUGUAUUCGGCUGGCAACCUGACGGUACUGGCUACUGACCCCCGGCUCCACCAGGCCCCAGUGCAGCUAGACUUCCAUUUCCGCCUCACCCCUAAGACCUCUGCCCACUGGCACGGCCUUCUCUGUGACCACCGACUCUUCCUGGACAUCCCAUAUCGGGCCUUGGAUCGAGGAAACCGAGAAAGUUUGACUGCGACAUUGGAAUACGUGGAAGAGAAGACCGAUGUGGACUCUGUGUUUGUAAACUUUCAGAACAGCCGGAACGACAGAGGUGCCCUGCUGCGGGCCUUCAGCUACAUGGGCUUCGAGCUGGUCAGACCAGACCACCCUGCUCUCCCUCCCUGGGACAAUGCCAUCUUUAUGGUGUAUCCUCUUGAAAGGGACCUGGGCCACCUGCACAGCGAGCCUCCCUGAACAUGCUUAUUCCUACUGUGUGAGGGGCUGGGGGCCUUGACAAACAGGACCCGGGGGCCGAGGAUGUGAUUCAGGACACCUCCUUCCACCCUAGGAAUAAAGGGUAGUGCAGUC